AUGCAAUCUGUUGCAGCAUCACAUAUCCAGCUUCCCUCAACAUCCUACUCUCUGUUGGGUCGCAGCCGUGCGGGCGAUGGCACCACCUUUGUGAUACCCGAACUGAAAUGGAUGUUUGACUGUGGUGCAUUGGUGGAGGGAAAGGGCUUACGGCAGCCCAACAUUAUCUGGUUGACACAUACCCACAGUGAUCAUGUCUUGACCUUGGCACAGUUUUGUCACAGCCGAGACGCUCUCAAUGCCAAGACCCCCCUGAGCAUAUACCUACCCGCCACGGCAUUGCCGUUUGUUCAACAGUACCUGGAGGUGUACGGAGAAAUGAUUACCAUGGGAAAUGUCAAUGAAGAAGGAAAAUCGUACCGUGAGUGUUACCAACUGAUUGGAGUGACGCCUCAUCAAGAAAUCACAAUCCACCAGGGAGGCAAGGAUUUUUAUGUCAAAGUGGUGGAGUGUGUCCACCGUGUGGAUUGUUUGGGGUACUCUAUUUGGGAACGACAACACAAGCUCAAGGAGGAAUACAGGGGAUUGCCGGGAAAAGAAAUUGGAGCCUUGAGAAAGAGUGGGGUAGAAAUCACGUCCGUGGUGGAACGACCCCUACUCUGCUACAUGGGUGACACCACAGCGGGAGUAUUUUCCAAGCAUCCCGAGAUACUCUUGCAAAUGCCUGCCUUGGUGGUAGAAUGUUCCUUCUUGGACGAGGACAGUCUGGAGAAUGCCAAACGGACCAAACAUAUGCAUUGGUCGGAACUGCAACCUCUGGUGCAAGGGAAUCCCAACACACUCUUUGUAUUGACCCAUUUCAGUCUCAAAUACUCCGUCCUAUUCCUGAGGAACUUCUUCCUUGAGUAUGCCAACGUUCAUCCCAUGUUGGUGGAAUCUGAACUGCAACAGGAAUGGAAGGCCCGGCAACAAAAGUCAUUGACAAAUGAUUCCUUUCCCACUUGCCGUUGCUUCGUUUGUAGUGGCAAGAAGGAUCCAGCAGGGUAG